CGCGGAUCUCUCCGGACUCCUCCACGCCCGACUCCACAAACCAACAGGUUGCUGCCCGGCCGGCGUUGAAGCCAGUUGCGCCGCGCGAGUCAGAUCCGGGUCCCCGGCGGAGGGAUGACGGGGGCGGCGUCGCAGGCGUACGGGGAGGCGUGGUACUGGGACGAGCGGUACCGCAAGGAGGCCGGCCCCUUCGACUGGUACCAGAAGUACCCCGCCCUCGCGCCGCUGCUCCGACUCUACGUGCGCACGCACCAGCGCCUCCUGCUCGUCGGAUGCGGCAACUCCGUUUUUGGUGAAAACAUGGUUGAUGAUGGUUACCAAGAUGUCGUCAACAUUGAUAUAUCGUCAGUGGUGAUUGAACAAAUGAAGAAGAAAUACCAUGACAAGCCUCAACUGAAAUAUACAAAGAUGGAUGUAAAGAACAUGUCAGACUUUGAGUCUGGUUCAUUUGAUGCUGUUAUCGACAAAGGAACACUAGAUUCUCUUAUGUGCGGCCAAAAUUCACAAGAGCAUGCGAUGAAGAUGCUAGGGGAGGUCAACAGAAUUCUCAAGGAUAAUGGAGUCUAUAUUAUGAUCACUUAUGGGGAUCCAAGUUAUCGAUUGCAUCUCCUGAAGGACCUGCAACUUUGGACGGUAAAGCUUCAUGUUAUAGCAGAUAGGUGGGAGAGAAGCUCUAAACAAACGUGGGAUCUGACGAAGCCAUUGCCUUUACAUGAGGAUAGCACAUCCAUUAUUGGCCUUCUGGGCCCAAAACCUGACGUUCACUAUAUUUAUGUUUGUAUAAAGGGCAAUGACAGUCCGAGGGUAGGCUCGAAGGCUGUAGCCAAUGAAUCAGCCAACUGAUUCCAUCUUAUAAUCUUUUGCAUCAUCGUGUAUAAUCAGUGUAGUGAAUAAUGUAGGGAAUAUAUUUUGUAACUCUAACUUGUGUCGCUGUUGGCAAUAGUUUAGCAAAAUUACAGAUGGUGUGUUGCUUCUCUGGUUCCGGAAUAGAAAUAUGUGAUGUUUUCCUA